UGGGAUCGGCAAGUUUACUGUUAAAAAACCCAGCCAGGAGGGCGACAGAGCGCAGCGCAGCUCAGCCGAGAGGAGAGAAGAGUUUGCUGAAUACAUGACACGGUGUGUCCCGGUGUCAGAAAUUGUCACUCCACACUCUGGGAUUUCCAUUUUGCAACUGCACAGGACGAGUUGGAGUGGCCAGCUGCAGCCUAGCUGAAGAUGUCUGAUAAUGGGGAAGUCGAGGACAAGCCCCCAGCUCCGCCCAUGAGGAACACCAGCACCAUGAUUGGCUCCUGCAACAAGGACCCCGCCCCCCUCAACCACGGCUCCAAGCCCCUCCCGCCCAACCCGGAGGACAAGAAGAAGAAAGAUCGCUCGAUCCGAUUCAUCCUGACGGGAGGAGGCGAUAAGACCCAGAAGAAGAAGGAGCGUCCAGAGAUUUCUCUGCCGUCUGAUUUUGAACACACCAUCCAUGUCGGCUUUGAUGCCGUCACCGGGGAGUUUACUGGCAUGCCGGAGCAGUGGGCCCGGCUCCUGCAGACAUCCAACAUCACCAAACUGGAGCAGAAGAAGAAUCCUCAGGCCGUCCUCGACGUUUUAAAGUUCUACGACUCAAAAGAAACGGCCAACAGCCAGAAAUACAUGAGCUUCACAGAUAAAAGUGCCGAUGCCUACAGCUCUUCCACCACAACGAGCUCCAAGGCUGUGUCAGAGACGCCCGCCAUAGCAACCGUAUCCGAGGACGACGACGAAGACGAGGCCGAGCCCCCGCCGGUGAUCGCCCCCCGACCGGAACACACCAAAUCAAUAUACACUCGCUCAGUGAUCGAGCCCCUACCUCCUCCUCCGACCAAAGAUGCUGCGACCUCGCCCAUCUCCCCGCCGACAGCCGCCGCCGCUACCCCCCCCCCUGCAGAAGGAGCUCCCAGCAGCCCCCCCCCCAGCGCCAGCCCGGCCCCCGGGCCCUCUGUGCCCCGCCCCCAGGACAAGACCAGGAAGAAGAAGAUGUCGGACGAGGAGAUCCUGGAGAAACUACGGACGAUUGUGAGUGUGGGAGACCCCAAGAAGAAGUAUACACGCUUUGAGAAGAUUGGACAGGGGGCGUCUGGGACAGUGUACACAGCUAUUGACAUCGCUACAGGACAGGAGGUUGCCAUUAAACAGAUGAACCUGCAGCAGCAGCCGAAAAAGGAACUGAUCAUCAAUGAGAUUCUGGUGAUGAGGGAAAAUAAGAACCCAAAUAUAGUCAACUACCUGGACAGUUACCUGGUGGGUGACGAGCUGUGGGUGGUGAUGGAGUACUUGGCCGGAGGCUCGCUGACCGACGUGGUCACAGAAACCUGCAUGGACGAAGCCCAGAUCGCUGCCGUGUGCAGAGAGUGUCUCCAGGCGUUGGAGUUCCUCCACUCGAACCAGGUCAUCCAUCGAGACAUUAAGAGCGACAACAUCCUGCUGGGCAUGGACGGCUCCGUCAAACUCACUGACUUUGGCUUCUGCGCCCAGAUCACUCCGGAGCAGAGUAAGCGCAGCACCAUGGUCGGGACUCCGUACUGGAUGGCUCCAGAGGUGGUGACGCGUAAAGCCUACGGCCCCAAAGUGGACAUCUGGUCCCUGGGCAUCAUGGCCAUAGAGAUGGUGGAGGGGGAGCCACCCUACCUGAACGAGAAUCCACUCAGGGCGCUGUAUCUCAUAGCAACCAACGGUACGCCGGAGCUGCAGAACCCGGAGAAGCUGUCGACGAUAUUCAGAGACUUCCUGAACCGAUGUCUGGAGAUGGACGUGGAGAAGAGAGGGUCGGCUAAAGAGCUGCUGCAGCAUCAGUUUCUGAAGGUGGCCAAGCCUCUCUCCAGUCUGACUCCUCUCAUUGUGGCUGCUAAGGAGGCUGCCAAGAACAACCGCUAACUAGCCUUGCACUCAUUAUUCUCUCUCUCUCUCUCUCUCUCUCUCUCUCUCUCUCUCUCUCUGUCUACCAUCCCUCCUUCCUCUCUCUUUUCUCUUUGUUAUGGGAGUGCGGCGAUGGCUGCUGUCUGGGUUACUUAACCCUUCAAAUGCCUACAGUCUUUCUCUUCCUUCCUUCUUCUUCUUCUUCUCAUUUUUUAACCUGUACCGACUGCCCCUUCACCCCGUGACCUUUGACCCCCAGCUUGA